UACUGUUUUCUGUUUGGUCGUGAAUGUUUAGGUUGAUGUGGCCGAGAGGUUGCAAAAGACCGGCUUGGUCGGUUCCACCAAUGACACAUGCAGAUGUGGCGCCUGUAUCCGGCUUACUCUCUCAUUCCAGCUAGCAGAGGAAUGCUAUACAGACCGUGACCUCCCGGCACUGGAAGCGAGAUAAAAGGAGUAGAGGGUCAGCUGCCAAAACUGCGCCAACUGCUCGCCAUGGCGGACGCAGCGUCGCUGCCUUUCCUCCGGCGGAUCAGCUAUGCCACAGGGCAUUUCCUCAAUGACUUGUGCGCCUCGAUGUGGUUCACCUACUUCUUGGUUUAUUUCCACUCUGUGCUGGGGUUCACGUCUUUCAACUCGGGCGUCCUGCUGCUGGUCGGUCAGAUCGCUGAUGGAAUCUGUACGCCUCUGGUCGGGUACGAGUCGGAUCGGCGAGUUGGUUGUCUGCCAUAUGGACGACGGAAAUCUUGGCAUCUGAUCGGUACAUUGAGCGUGAUCUUGUCAUUUCCCUUCAUCUUUAACCCUUGCCUGGGCUGUAAGGAGAGCACUCCACAGUGGGUGGGCUUAAUAUACUUCAUCCCGUUCAUUAUCAUCUUCCAGUUUGGUUGGGCUGCCACCCAGAUUUCCCACCUCUCUCUGAUCCCGGAAUUGGCCAAAAAUGAGCAUGACAAGGUGGAGCUCACAGCGUUCAGAUAUGCUUUUACAGUCAUGGCAAAUAUUGCAGUAUAUGCAGUAGCCUGGUUGCUGCUACAUUUUCAGGUGGGCCAGACCAAUCCCGAGGACUCAGAACACCUGGGCCCACAGGACGUUACCGUUUUUAGAGCUUUAGCCCUAAUCAUGGUGGGAUUGGGUGCUUUGUUCUCGCUGGUUUUCCACCUUGGAACGAAGGAAAAGCCGCACAGUUUUCAAUAUCUUGUCGAAUCGGAUGAUGCAGAAGCUGAUCCACCUAACGAACAACCCAAAUUCUCCAGUCCAGCCAAACCAUUCGUGCGAUGGAACAGGUGGCUUUUGGAACCGUCAUUCUAUCAGAUGGCUCUUCUGUACAUGUGUACACGGCUCAUAGUGAACCUAUCCCAGACGUAUAUAGCUGUUUACUUGACCUAUUCCUUAUAUCUACCCAAGAAUUAUAUUGCUACCAUUCCUCUGGUCAUGUAUGUAAGCGGAUUUGUCUCCUCAUUCCUUAUGAAACCCAUCAAUAAAUGGAUUGGUCGCAAUCUUACCUACUUCAUGGGUCUUCUAUUCAUUGCUGCCUUCUCAGCCUGGGUUGCACUAGAUCCAAAACUUGAAGUUGCAGUCUACGGUGCUGCUGUCAUUUUGGGCUCUGGAUCUGCCACAAUCUUGGUCACCUCCCUCUCCAUGACAGCAGAUCUCAUUGGGUCUCAGUCGCACAGUGCCGCCUUUGUGUACGGGGCAAUGAGUUUCACGGACAAGGUAGCCAAUGGAUUGGCAGUGGUGAUCAUCCAGUCAAUGCAUCCUUGCCACACUGAGCAAUGUUGCCCAGCUUGUAAUCCUUUCUACCACUGGGUGAUGGUGGCUGUUACUGGAGGGGUAGCGAUCGUGGCCGGCCUGUCUCUGAGUUCCAUUAUGAUCUGGCCUAUCAAAGUUCGGUUCUGUAAAAUCUCAGCACCCUCAAUACAAGAUUCUUCUUGGACUUCAGACCCUGCCCUCAAUUCCCGAGAAAAUGGCCCAGUAAACUCCUGAGUACUUCGAAAACAUCAUGCAUUCCUUGCCUAUCAAUUAUCAGUGUUCUAUUUUGGAAUUCCGCUGUGACCUGACUAACGAGAGACUGAUUGCCAUUGACACUUUCACUGAAGAGCCAAUUCUGUUUUUUGGGUUUGCAGUGGUCCAGAAUUCAAACGAUCGGAUUGCUGGGUGGAGACUCACGGCUUUUCAAUCCAAAGUAGCUUAUUGAUCGAUCAUGAACUUUUAAACCCAGCGAUGUGACCUUGCCAAUGAAUCAUACAUCAGGGCAGGAAGAAACAAUACAAAUUAGAACCACUUUUACGACGGGCUGUGUGACUAUUAUCGCUAUUGGAAGUCGAAAGAGAUUAUUGCACCAUUACUGGCAGCAACGUUUAAAACUGCCCGAAAAUGGCGUGAAAAUGUAAAUUGCUGUUAAGGAAAUAAUUUUAUUUUUUUAUAGGGAUCAAUAAAACGUUUGGCGAACCAUUCAAAGGAAGUAGAAUGUUAAAUUGUGUAUGAAAAAGUGAAAAUGUUACGGUUAUUUUACAUUCCUCUAGAAAGUGACAAUAUCUAGGAUUCUUUACAAACCUUAGGUAAUGUGCAAAGUUUAAUGAGGUUACAAGUCAUACAAAAAGCACAGAGAACUAUACCUGUGGUUUAUAAUACACUGUUUGCAACCUUCUUAUACCUUACGCGUGUCACCAUAGUGAUAAUGAAGAUUAAGAUUAACGUUGGCUUGACGGCUAGAAUGUUUAAAGGGGAACUCCUUGUUAGAUUUAACUUGUUUAUGUUUUUUUAUCGUUUUGCUUUUUAGUUAAAAAAAAAAAAAUCAACACUUUUGCCCCCCACUACCUGCAAUGUUUCACAUUUUUGUUCUACAAAUAUUGCUGUAUAUUACGCUAUAACUUGGGUUUCUGGGAGUUGUAGUUCAUCUCUUGGCUUUUAAAACACAAAACGUUUGCAAUACAAGUCCCAGACACCGUUUUACAGGUUUUGUUUUACACUAAAAUGAGAACUCAAAGUUAAUUUUAAA